AAUGACAUCAACUGAGACAAUAAAAGGGCUUCUUUAGUGAACAUGAUUUCUGUUAAAGAUAUGGCUAAGACGGCAGUCAUUGUAUAUGCAAUUUGUUUCUUUGCAAAAUCUGAUGGAAGACCAACGAUGAAGAGGUCAGUGAGUGAGAUGCAACUGAUGCACAAUUUUGGGGAGCACCUGCACACUGUGGAGAGACAGGAUUGGCUUCAGCAGAAACUGCAGGAUGUGCACAGUGCUCCCGAGGCACUGGUGGAUGCUAGAACCCAGAGGCCCCGAAAGAAGGAUGAUAUUGUUCUGGGAGAGAUCAGAAGUCGGAGGCUGCUCCCUGAGCGUUUGCAGGCAGGAAUGCAGAAGAAACCUAUUGUUCUGGACAAAGCUUACAUGGACAACAUACUCUUCAAAACAAAGUCCCAGUGA